GUAUCAUUGUACAUUGAUGCCGCGUUUUUUGACUUGCAAACGGUCCCCGAACUCGCUCUACCGGCCCUCCCUCUGCCGUCCCCUUCUUCCCCAGUGAAAGGGAGCAGGAACGGGAACGCAAGGGGAUCGAGCCCUUCUCCUCCAAGGAAUGGGAACGGGGACGGGAGCGCGCGCGAGUGGAGCCCUUCUCCCCUAGGGAUCGGGAAAGGGAAAGGGAACGGGAACGCAAGGGGAGCCCUUCACCCCAUGGGAAUGGGGACGCGGCCCGGGGGUGGUCGUGGAGCGUCGCGGUGCUAUAUAUGGCGGUGGUGGGAGAGAGAGAGAAGGAAAGGUUCCUGCGAUGAGGUUGCCUCGUGGCUACCGUUUCGAUCCGAAACCAUGGGAGCUGAUCGGGUACCUUCAAGAUAAGGUUGAAGGGCGACCCGACGCCGGCCAAGGAGUGAUUAACGAUGGUAUCGACGCUUAUGGCUGCAGUCCUAAGCAACUCGUCGGUUGUUUGAUUCUGCACGAUGAUGGGAGAUCGUUCUUUUUCACUCCAAUCAAGCACCGAAAUAGAAAGUGUAGGGAUCGUAGUACGCCAGACGGCCACUGGAAGUUAACAAAGAAAACGAUACUUCGGAAUGGUGAAGGAAGACUAGUGGGGUACAUGAAAGAACUCUGCUAUUUCCAUGGAAAAAGGAAAUCUGGAAAAAAGGAACCAGAGAGGACUAAAUGGCUCAUGAAAGAGUAUACACUAGAUCAUGAGCAGCCAAAGAUGGCUCUUUGUGAAAUAUACUCUGCACAGAAUAAGUGUAAAGGCCGAAUCCAAGGAAAUGAACGGGGAUUUCAGCCUCUAAAACUUCAGGAACCAAUAGAUUCAGAAUCUGAGGAUACCCGAUUCUACUAUCCGUCAAAUGAUUCGAGUUCCUGGGGAAAGGCUACUGAAGAUGAAUCCCAUCAAUAUCUAAAAUCAAUAGCAGAAAAAACGGGUGACAGCUGCGAUAAAAUUUUGUUUAUGGCUCGGAAUUUGGACACAGCAGGGGAGCCAAAAUUCAGCAAACCUGAAGAGAGAGUAGGUCCAAAUGAAAGAGGUGGGUUUUUUUCAUCAAAAGAAGAAGAAGGAUCUCUAUCUGCUGCUGCGACCAGUGCAGGCUGUUUAAGUGGAGGUGACGGGCAUACGGGGUUCAACAGUGUUGCGGGGGAAAUGGAUUGUAUUCAGUUCAUCAGUGGUUUUUUCUCAUCACAGGAAUCACCAAUUGUCCACGCUGAUGCUGCAUCUAAAGAAGGUGGCUCGGUUGAAGUUGUUGCAUACCCUGAUAUGCUGCCAAAUACCAAUGCUCUAGAUAUGUUGCAGGAUAGCUUCAUAUUUGGAUGUGGUGAGAUGGAUGGAUUAUUAAGUAACUCCCAUGAUUUAUUUUAUUGA